AUCAAGACGAGCAUCCAUCCAAGUUGGGAAACUCUACAGCCAACACCAAACCUUGCACCCACCCACCCCCGCUACUACCCGCGACGACUUCACGACGCGACGCCAACUCCUCUCAACUACAUCGACUUACUCUUCGUUUCAAUUCAUCUCAACCACAACACCAGUCUUUGCGCGUCGUCCCACUCUCGUUUUCUUCGCACCCCCCGGCCCCGCCCUCGUUGUUGCUCUCGCCCCCCUCAUCUCACGUCCACCACGCCUAGAGCAAACGAACGACCUGCACGGCCACAGUCUUCCUUUUCGACGUCGCAGCCCAGUGCCCCUCUCCCCACGACCACCUGUACCCUACAAACGACAAGCUCCAUUUCGUGGCCCGAGCAUAGACUGCGUCUCUUGCACCGGCUUCACCAACAAACAACACAGCGACAAGCUUAUCGACCGUAGUCUGCGACUCGAGCUCUAGAAGCCACCCACCGCCCAAACAAGUACCCCGUUUCGCACUUUAGUCUCGAACCCCCUGCUGGUGUUUGAGAGCACGUUGGUCAGCGACCUACAACACUACCCACACAUUCGCCGCUAGAAUGUCACCACCACCGUUCGGAUUUGGCAGAGUUGGCCUGGCCGCCGGCGACGGCAACUCGAUCGUUGCCCGCCAGUCGUCUUCUACCUGCCCCAAGUACCUCGACCCUCACUUUGGCUCGACCGUCAAUGCCAACUAUGCCGUCAAGUUCACCUGGGACCCGUCGUGCAGCAUGGGCUCGGACAAGGUCGACCUUAGACUGUCCAACCCAAGCGCGGCAAUCCCUCUUGUCCGCGUUUGGACUGGCGUGUCGUACUCGUCGGGCUCGCUUACAGAGUACCUGUCGCCAUCAUGGUGGAACAACACGGCGACAGCCUCGCUGACCCUCCUGAUUGUCAAGUCGGGUGACUCGUCGGCAGCUUGGAACGCUCCCGCUGGCCCCACUUUCACCGUCACGUACAACGCCACGGCCGCUCAGCCUGCCACUCCCUCCGGAACAGGCGUCUUCCAGUCGGUUGAGGACAGCGGUGCCGCCAGGGGCACGUCCAAGGCGGUCAUCGCUGUGGCUGUCAUCAUCCCCAUUGUCGUGCUGUGUAUCCUCGGCGCGCUCGCCUUCUACUUUUACCGCGGCAAGGAGAAGCAGAAGCUUCAGCGUUGGUCGCAGGCGCUCAGCCAGCACUCUGGUAUGGAGUGGGAGAAGGGUGCGCUUCCUGGAGAACGCAACUCUGCCUACCGCCCAAGCUCGCACUACAGCCGUACUUCAGACCGCAUGGGACGCCCAAGCACCUCGUACGGCCGUCCCUCGACUGGCUAUGGCCGCCCCAGCAUGUCGUCGGUCAACCGCCCUUCUUCUUCCGUCAUGAUGGACAACAUGGCCGGCGCUGGCGCCUACGGUCCCCGCCAGUUCCCCUCUUCGUCCAUGGACGGCCCCAGCCGCUCUUCGAUUGUCAUGCCCGAUGGCCAGGUCCGCACAUCGCGCAUCUCGUUUGCCGAUGGCCAGCGCCCUCGUAUCUCGUCUGACAGCCACCAACGUCCUCACCUUUCGUCGCUCGGCAAGUCGGCGCGCCACGAUGCCGAGCUUGCGGCCGCUGCUGCCACUGCUGCCGCCUACACUUCUGGUCAAGAGAUUAUCGACGACGAGCGCGACAUUACCAACGUGUCGCCUACCCAGCUGGAUGGUCCCAACUCGUUUGCCGAUGCCGACAUGCACCGCGCCGCUGCCGCUGGCCGCAACGGUCGCCGGCCCUCUGGAGGAUCUGCUCACCACCCCGACGAUGUGCGCGUUGCCCAGCGUGCGAGCAGCUCCGCCGACGAACUCCGUCACAUGGAAGCCGCCGUUUGUGAGUCGCCAUCACCAAACGACGCCUCCCCCAGCAAACAAAAGAAGCAGCCUAACUCUUCAGUCCGUCGUACGGGUGGGCAGCAGUCCCCAGAGGACGAGGACGCGCAGUCGCCAACAACCGUCGCCUACGGCCCCGACCAGAUGCUUGCUGUCUACGCCGCCCGCCGCGCCGCCGCUGCGUCGCCGACAGCACCCACUGGUGGCGCCGCCAUCAAGAUGCCCGAGCCUGUCGCCAAGGCUGCGUCCAAUGUCAAGCGCUUCCUCUCCCGCAAGGACAAGAAGGGCUCGCCAGCUGCGCAGCAGCAGCAGAUUGUGGAGCCUUCUUCACCCGAGUCUCUCCCCAUGCGGUCAUAUGUUCACAUGAACAACGGAACAGCAAGCAAGGACGUUGUCGACUCUCUCCCCCAGCCUGGCCCUCCCCGACCAGACUCUGACGCCUCGGCUGAGGCUUCGCUGGAGGCGACCCAGCCCGCCGCCCCGUCCACUCACUAAACGUGAGCGCGCACGCUCACGGACUUUUUACUACCUGACGGGUAGAGUACUCUUAUAUUGCCCCUGUCGCCCCCUCGUGCGGCCUGAUAUCCUGCCACCAUCCGUCUAGUCUCUCGCUUGUCUCUCUCUCUCUCUUGUUCCUCUGGUUGUGUUAUGGGUACGAGGUCUCUCUAGACGAGAGGCUUUGUAGUGCUGUACUAGCCUGCUAUAUGCGGUCAUGCACUUAUGACUUGGCGGGGGCGUGGGCGGGG